CCCCUCCAAAACCCACCUCGCUGAACGGCGCUUUCACUGCCAAUCCCAGUGGCGAUAUUGUCUCCAUUAUUGCCCUGCAACGUCCGGUAUCCUGAGCCUGAACAUGGGGCAUGGCGGCUUGACAGCGGUCGCGUUGUCGAUCGAAGCCGACCAACAACACAUUAGGCGAGUUUGUACGACCGUUGUUGGCGCUUUGCCAUCAUGGAGGGCCUUCCUCUCUUCUGUCCCUGUCUGGCAACCUUGGUGAUCAUAUCCGCCAACCAUUUCCUCUCAUGGUUGAGUGUUGGCGGCAUUACCGGUGUUGGUGUCAUUUCUGAUGUUUCCGGCAUUGUAUAAAGAAGCCUCCUGCACCUGCCUUUGAAGAGAGGAAGAAAAGGCAUCCUGCCCUGAAAAUAGUCCUUCGAAAUGGCACUCAAAAUGGCUCCGGCGUCUGUUGACUACCCUCAUCCCCUUCCAAAAUCUUCGUACCCGCUUCCUUACACUCAUCAGUUUGUGUCAUAUCUACCUUCGAUUCCAUCUGAUCUUCCCAUAACUCUUCCCCCGCUGGCCAUAAACUGGCCGUCUCAGUGCAGUCUUUCGCCCCCCUGGGAAAGUUUACCUCUUCCACGACAUGGGCAUCUACCAUCCCCACCUCCUUCACACGGCUCCCGAAGCCUAUCGCCACAAAGCGUGGCCCGUUGGACCGAUGAUAGAAAGAGGUCCACGCCCCAACGCAGGCCGCCAUCCGCAUCCUCGACUUCGGCCUCAUGGCUCUCUCCUCGGCAAUAUACUUUGACCCCUCCCCCGAGCCUUGCCGACACAUCAUCAACCUUUGACUGCUCCCAUAGCAUGUUCCUACCAAGAGCUGGUGGUCUACAAUACCCUGAGCAAUCCCCAUACAUGCCAUAUCACGCCGGCGCCAGCGUCAUGGGUUUAGCCCAACCAUUUCCACAUCCACUCCCCAGACCAACCUCGGCACUGCCUACAGCACCAUAUCCUUUCCCGCCCAACCGUAUGGGCUUCCCGUCUAUCUUCGUUCCCGCAGCCGCCUCUUCGCAUCAUUUCCUAUGCCAGCCUCCAUAUCACUCAUGUCAGAUGCCCCGCGGCUCUUCCUAUCCAUGUGAGACUACCAAAUGGUUAGACUUGCUAGCGCAGCUCCGCCGCUUGCCACGCGAGGUCCUCUGUCGGAUCAGCGGAUAUGUCGACUACGAGAGACUCAUAUGCCUCUACCAACUCAACAAGUUCAUGAGGGACAACAUUGACAUACAACAAGCACCUUACGACUCAAAGGUGGCCUUCGUCGCAUUCGCUGAGGCUAGAUUUCCAAAGCACUGGCCAAAGCAGAAGCGGAAGAACCCAAAGUCUGCCCCGGAAACUCAAGGCCCGGCUGGCUUGGUAAACCCCAGAGGUGACGCGGAAGGAGGAGGCACAGGGAGGGGUGAAGGUCCGAACAAGAGGCAAAGGAGUAGCAAGUGCGAUACCCCUGAGAAUCCUGACGGGGAAAAGGACGUGGAGAGCGUUCAUAAUCCUGGCAAUUUUGGCUGCUACCUCGACUGCUUCAAGAUCCUUGACGCCGAAAACUUUGAGAGCUUCCAAUGGACAACUCGAGAUGUCCAAACCACUCCCUCUUCCGAAAAGCCGCGAUCCAGCACCUUGAGUGAGCCCCUCACAAACCGACUCCCCUUUCAGCGCUCGUCGCCCACCGGCCGCUGCACUCCCACCAGACCAGCCACGCGUCCUACCACGCCCGCGCCCGCACGACGGCCCUCAGGGCAGAACACACCCCAGCCGCGACGGUACUGCAUCAAGUGCGGUGUCAAGCAUGGGUAUUACAAACCUGGGGAGUACAUAGUGCGUCGUGCGGGCGAGAGAGUCUGGGUCUGCACCUGCCUCCGGAUCCAUGAGUACGGGACCAUCACUUGCGGAGGUUGUGGCUCAUACUGCCCGUUCUCUCCUAGCGACCGUUGAUGUCGCCCGGGCCGGCUACGCCAGAACAUUCUCUCUCCUAUGUUAUCUUUCCUUGGGUACCAUCCACACUUGUCUUUUUUGCGGACCUGAUACCUGGGGCUGGUCGAUUUCUCUUUGGGUUAUGGGGCGCAGGGGUAAUUUGCAUGCCUCAAACAAUUUUUAUGGCACUGGCGCUCUUCACGCUCUCUGUCCUCUGUGGGGUCAAACCUAAUAUCGCGAGGACGAGGGCACUAUCUAGAUUGUCCUUUGCGCGGCGCAGCAAUGCAGGUUACGCAGGAAUAG